AUGAAAAGUCCACAAUAUUCAGUAUUGAUAUUGGGUUUGGAUAAUGCAGGUAAAACAACGUUUUUAGAAAGUUUGAAAAACCAAUAUAAUCAGCAAAGUAAACCAUUGGAUAAAAUAACACCUACAGUGGGCCAAAAUGUGGGCGUAAUACAUUUACCCGCCAAUAGUUGUAAUUUAAAGUUUUGGGAUGUUGGUGGACAACAAAAUUUAAGGAAAUUAUGGCCCAGCUAUUAUGCACAAUGCCAUGGCAUAAUAUUUAUUGUUGAUAGUAGUGACAAAUUAAGAUUGAAUGAAUGUAAAGAAGUUUUUCUUAACAUGGUAAUAGAAGAUGACCAAUUGAGUGAUAGUGGUAUUCCUAUAUUAAUGUUAGCCAACAAGCAAGAUAAAGAAGAUAGUCUAGAGGUUCAAGAUAUUAAAGAAAUUUUUAAUAAGAUUGCUGAAAAAUUAGAUGCAAGUGAUAGUCGAGUAUUACCUAUAAGCGCUUUAACUAGUAAAGGUGUUAAGGAAUCCAUUGAUUGGUUGAUAGUUAGAAUGCAAAGGAAUAAGAAGAAUAGACCACCCACGUAUAGAUGA